AUGAGUGAUCAAUUUGCCCUCGGUGUUUUGAAAGUUUCUUUGGCGAUCAUCAGUCAAAAUAUCGGCUUCCACUCAACGUCUCGUAUCGCGUUCCGUGUCCUCGUGGAAGUACUGAACCGACGUUUGCAGACCAUGUGUCAAAGCCUGGCGUCGAUCUGUCAGCACUGUGGUCGAACGCAGCCGAUAUUUGAUGACCUUCUUAUUUCUUUCAGUGAUCUCGGCAUCUCUGUUGAAAGCGUUCUCGAAUUCAUGGAGCAAGUCGGUCCGAUUCCAUAUCCACGCAAGGUUCGUAGCAUUAAAGUAGUUGGAAAUGUUAUCUGCGACAGCUGGGAAAAAUUAAUCAUUUCUGAACUUGUGUUUCUGCUGCUGGCAUCUUGCUUAUCACGUUGUAUUAGGGAUAAAUUUCCGCUCUUUCGCAUGGCUAUUUAAAU